UUUCCCGGGGGAAGAUGCACUGAAAGAGGAGCUUCACCAGACCACGGCUGCUGGCGCCGUUUGCCUGGACCCUGAUGGACUCUGAGGCAGGACUGCAUUACCAUGGUGAUGAUCUUAACCAAAACUCGGGAAAACAAAGGUGCUGACUCUGUAACAUGCAGGACUGAGCUGCACACUCCAAAGAUGAGUCAAGGACCUACCCUCUUCUCUUGUGGCGUGAUGGGUAAUGACUGUGCUAGAGAAAGAAGGUGCCAUAUUAGAAAGAAGGUGCCUGGCAUGUCUAUUUAUAGCUGUUUGUGCCAAAGCAGGGGUGAAAGAGGAAGCCCGUGGCCUUUGGAGACGGCCAGCACCUGCUCCGUCACCAACCUGAUCAAAGACCUCAGCCUCAGCGACCCCCACGGCAACCCCUCAGCCCCCCCCAGCAAGCGCCAGUGUCGCUCGCUCUCAUUUUCAGAUGAAAUGUCGAGCUGCGGGACCUUGUGGAGACCCUUAGGCUCGAAGGUUUGGACCCCGGUUGAGAAACGGCCUUCAGCGCCCUCGCGGUCCAACCCACUCUCCUGCGAGCAUCCCGCCCUCAGCAGCCGGCUGGGAUGCCAGCUAAGGAAAUCGGCUACUGGUGGGCACGGAGGAGACCGGGUGGACAUGCAGAGGUCCCUCUCCUGCUCACACGACCGCUUCUCCUCCUCGGAGUACGGCUCACCCUCGGCAAGCAGCACGCCUGCCUCCACACCGGAGCUGGAGCGACGGGCUGGCGGGCUCUCCCGAAGCCGUUCACAGCCCUGUGUCCUGAACGACAAAAAGGUCGGGGUCAAGCGACGGAGACCGGAGGAGGUUCAGGAGCAACGGCCCUCACUGGACCUCGCCAAGAUGACCCAGAACCGCCAGACUUUCAACAGCCUUACCUGCCUUAGCGCCGCAGCCGAGGACGGCUCCCAGCAGCUCCCCGGCCCCCAGCCAUGGACCGUGGCCCCCCGCUCCCCAGAUGUGAUGCCGGGCAGGACCCCCGCCUGCACCCCAGUGCCAGAGCCGCCACGCUCACGGGCCGAUGAGCGCCAGUCCAGCAGGGACGACCUCUCCUGCGAGGAGGAGGAGGAGGGUGGCGGGAAGGAGGAGGAUGGGGUGGCGUGGCGGAGCGGCGGGGGGGCUGCUGAGAGCCUCUUCCAGCUGGAUGGCGAGAUAGAUAUUGAGCAGAUAGAAAACAACUGAGGAGGGAGUGGGUCCUCUCGCCCCGGGGUCGGGGGGCUGCCAGCAGAGCCGUGGAGGGCUCCCCACUGCCAGCGUGGGGUUUGCGGGGGUCCUGCCACUGCUCCCCUCCUGCCAGCUGGAGGGGACGAAGCAGCUUUGCCAAAAUUUCAUCAGGUAUUUAGAGCAAUUUUUGUGCGUGCGUGUGUAAAUCUUGAAAUUCUUUGUAACUGCUGUAGCCAGAGAUCAGCUAGUCGGAGGAAACUGCCUGUCCGACUGGGGAAACCAGGCGCAGGGAUCGCCAAAAACUUGCAUUUAGUGAGUAAAUGGCUUAAGCCAACAUAGGGUUGGGUUGAUGGGGCCAGCCACGCUCCUUUGAGUCCCACCCGUGCUUGUUUAUUAGGGGAUGCACAAAGAGAAACCACCACCCAUGGGACUGGAAAAAGUGGGGGAAAACCAGAAUAUUGAGAUUUUCAAACCGAGCGCUGGCUGGUGGCUGGAGGGGCAGCUGUGGCUCCUCUUCUCCUGCCGCAUCCCAUUUGGCGCCAGCACCCGCUUUGCUCCCCACGUCCCUGGCAGUGCCGUGAGAAGGAGAUCACAAGUGAAGUGUUCUGCUUAAAUUUAAUAAUGGUAAGAGCUGGAUUUUUACUUUUUUUUUUUUUUUAAUUUUCCUUUUCCUGAUGAGGAAUUAAAGGGACCCCCAGCCCACACAGCUCCAAUGUGGGGCAGCAUCCACAGCAGCGCUCAGGAGGUGCUGCCCGAGGAUGCUCAAAUGCCUUUCUUCCCUAUUUUUUUUCUUCCCAGUCCCCUCUCUCAAACUCAUCAGGAAAAAGCCCCAAACAGGCUUGGUGUUGCCCUCGCAUGGGUUCCCAACACCCAAUUUUGAGCGGGGCUGGGCCACUUACCCAUUUACCAGCGGCUGUGCCCUCUUUGCUACCCGAGGCACAGCUGCCACCCUCUUCUUUUUGCUCUGUCUUACUGUGAAGGGGCUGCACGCCCAAGGCACACCGUGGGGUUACUUGAUAAAAAUCAGCUGGUGAAAGGCUGAAAAUGCAGGUAGCAGCACUGAAAGUUUUUCCUCUUCCUGUGCCUUUUUUAAGCACAGAUAAAGUGGUGACCAUUACGUUUGUACGAUAUGAAUUCUCUUUGGUAAAAAUAAGCAGUCCACUUGCUAGCAGGUUUAGAAGGACACAUGUAUUUUUUUUUUCUCCCUCUAUUUUUUUUGUUUGUUUGUUUAAAGUUUGUUAGGAAAGCUGUACGAGUGGCUUCCAGCAUCUUCUGCAGGUUCCCUCAAGCUCAGGGUUUACCUCCCAAGCUCUGCAAAAGCGAGAAAGGAAAAAAAGUCAUUGAUACCAACAGCAGUUGAAGAUGUGACAUUUAUAAUGGCGUUCAGCACCCCCGUUGGCAAAGCUUUAGGAGUCCAUAACUCAGAAAGGGCUGAGAGCCGCUGGUACAGGUUUUAUUCAUCAUUUCUGGUUAUGUUAGUGCACUUUUUUCUGCGGUGGUUCAGGAUGCGUGUGGUGUCUCCCAUCACAAUGGAACCCAUCAGCUGUUAUAUAGCUUUAUCCCUGUCCUGGCACCGCAGAGGUUUUGCUGGUGGCAGUAGUCAUGUCCGCUCCCUCCAGGCCAGGUGCUGGCAGGCAGGGCCAGCCCCAAAUAUUUGGGGAGGGAAUGGCAAGGAUGUUUUUUCAUUUUGGAGAACCCUCCGGCUCUUUUUAAGUGUCACUUGAUGUAUCGUUUAAAAGAAAAUACAUCUUGGCUUCAUUUUUAGCCCUCCUGUAGUGGAAGGCGCUGCCUGUCUCAGGCGUUUUGGGAGGGUCCAGCCACGCCAGCAAUUCCCCAGGCUGCGGCCGCCCCUCUGGUUCGUGCCACCACAGCGGCAUGGCCACAGCACAGUUCUCGGCUUUGAGUCUUCCUGAUGCUCGAUACCCCCCCACCACUGACGCAUCCCCAGUCUCGGGGAGCACAGCUCCUGCUGGCCACAGGCACCUCCUCAGCUGCCAGCUCCCGUCGGACCGAAAAAGGGCAAAUUCACCCAAAUCCAUGUCCGGCUGCUGCCGCAGAGCUCAGGUGGGCUCUCACAUGUGCAUCGCUGGGGCUGUAAUUCCUAAGGGCUUCUGUUUUCUUUCCAAGGGCUGCUACUGGUGCCAUGCUAACCCCCCUCAGUAGGAAGGUGACCAAUGGACCACUACCCAGCUGUACUCGACGCAGCCGUAGCAUUCAGUUUACAUACAGCACAACCCGUUUGCCUUACUAAAGACGCUUCUCCAAUGAGUCAUGGCCUUAUACUGGGCACGUUAGCGUAGGCACAGACUACAGUUAGCGACGGUUUUGAGGCCACGGUGGUGUUCUGUUGGAUAUUUCGUUGUUAGGUUUGUAUGAUUUCAUGUACUUAUUCUCAGUUUAAGAAAGCCUUACUUUUUAAAGUUUUUUUUCUCUCUCUCUGUAGAGGUAAAA